GCCCACGACGUCCUGAGUCACAUCCGGGCACUGCGCCCAUGACGUCAGGCUGCCUGAUCCGCCAUUGUGUCGGUGGUGGGUCCGAAGCUCGGAGAGGGAACGACGGUUCACAUUUGGCCAUGUCUCGCCCGGGAGGACCGAGGAACGGGGCGAUGAAAAUACGUCUGACAGUGUUAUGUGCCAGAAAUGUGUCCAAGAAAGACUUCUUCAGAUUACCAGACCCGUUUGCCAAGAUCAGUGUGGAUGGGUCAGGCCAGUGCCACUCCACAGACACAUGUAAGAACACACUGGACCCCAAGUGGAAUCAACACUAUGACUUGUUCAUUGGCAAGAAUGACUCCAUUACGAUCAGCAUCUGGAACCAUAAGAAGGUGCACAAGAAGCAGGGUGCAGGCUUCCUGGGCUGUGUCCGCAUCAUGGCUAAUGCUAUCGCUAGGUUAAAGGACACAGGGUAUCAGAGAUUAGACUUAUGUAAAAAGAAUCCUGACGACAACGACAAUAUCAGGGGCCAAGUAGUAGUGAGCCUAAUGUCACGAGACAGAGGGAUAGGGGAUAGAAGUGCGGUUGUUGACCACAGAGGCAUCCCCACAGCCGUGUGUUUAGAUGCCAACGAGCUUCCAGAGGGCUGGGAGGAGAGAAGAACGUCGUCAGGGCGGGUCCAGUACCUGAACCACAUCACCAGAUCUGUACAGUGGGACAGACCACAGAGACCGGCCAUAGAAUACACGCCCAGUAGUAGAGAUAGAGACAGGGAAAACGAGGAAAGACAGGCACGACGGGCAAGCCAGCUUCUCGAGCUGCAACAACAACAACAAUUGCAACAACAGCUUGCUCAACAACAACAGCAACAACAACAACAACAGGCUGCUGCUCAGGGAGACUCUUCUAGAAAUAACGGCGUGUCCAGACGAAGAUCGUCACAGAGACAUCGGAACUAUAUAAAUAGAUCGGAACUGCACCGACUGGAGCUUCCUGAGGGCUAUGAACAAAGAACGACCCAGCAGGGACAGGUGUACUUCCUGCACACACAGACAGGUGUCAGCACCUGGCACGACCCCAGGGUACCCAGGGACCUGGGAGAUAUCAGUGAAGAGGACCUGGGGCAGCUGCCUCCUGGUUGGGAGAUCCGACACACGGCCACAGGAAGGGUAUACUUCGUCGACCACAACAACAGAACCACCCAGUUCACAGAUCCUAGACUGUCUUCUAAUCUACAUAAUAUUCUCAAUAAACACCAGCAGAGACAACAGACGACCCCGCCGGCCCCUCCCCUGCCCCAGCAGGCACCCCCCUCCCUCCACGGCUGUGACCUGCACAUCCUGGAGCAGCAGCCGCCCAAGUACAAGAGGGACCUGCACCAGAAACUCAAGAACCUGCGGGCAGAACUGUCGCAGCUGCAGCCACAGGCAGGACACUGCAGGAUCGAGGUGUCCAGGGAGGAGAUCUUCGAGGAGUCGUACAGACAGGUGAUGAAGAUGAGGCCUAAAGACCUCAGGAAGAGACUCAUGGUCAAGUUCAAGGGAGAGGAAGGGUUGGACUAUGGAGGGGUUGCCAGAGAGUGGUUGUACCUGCUGUCCCACGAGAUGUUGAACCCGUACUACGGCCUGUUCCAGUACUCCCGCGAGUCGGACUACACCCUACAGAUCAACCCUGACUCAGGAGUCAACCCUGAGCAUCUGUCCUACUUCCACUUUGUUGGGCGGAUUAUUGGGAUGGCCAUCUUCCAUGGACACUACAUCGACGGAGGCUUCACCCUCCCACUCUAUAAGCAGCUACUCGGCAAGCCUAUCUCACUGGACGACAUGGAGUCAGUGGACCCUGAUCUACACAGAAGUCUGAUCUGGAUUCUAGAAAACGAUAUAACAGGCAUCUUGGACAACUCUUUCUGUGUGGAGCAGGACUCGUUUGGUGCCCUCCAGACCCACGAGCUCAAACCCAACGGCUCAGACAUUCCUGUCACUGAAGACAACAAGAAGGAAUAUGUCAAGUUGUAUGUACAGUGGAGGUUCCUGCAUGGAAUCGAGGCCCAGUUCCUGUCCCUGCAGAAGGGCCUACAGGAGAUCAUCCCUCCACAUCUGCUCAGACCUUUUGAUGAGAAAGAGCUGGAGCUGAUGGUGACAGGCUUAGGUAAGAUCGACAUUGAUGACUGGAAGGCCCACACCAGGUUAAAGCACUGCACGCCGGACUCCUCUGUGGUCAAGUGGUUCUGGCGCGCCGUGGAGUCAUUUGAUGAUGAGAGAAGAGCGCGCUUACUCCAGUUUGUCACAGGCUCAUCUCGGGUCCCUCUGCAGGGGUUCAAGGCUCUACAAGGUUCCACAGGAGCAGCAGGCCCCAGGCUGUUCACAAUCCACCAGAUUGAUGCCAGUACUGAUAACCUGCCCAAGGCUCACACAUGCUUCAACCGUAUUGAUAUCCCUCCAUAUGAGAACUACGAGAAACUAUUGGAAAAACUAACUUGUGCUGUGGAAGAGACGUGUGGAUUUGCUGUGGAGUGAUGGAAAACCUGCAAGUCAACAUGUUUUUACCCUGCCCUCCCCCUUCAUGAGUGGUCUGUUCCAAGAGGAAGAGUAUCUGACUGUUGUAUUCAAUUAUAGAAUGUUCCACUUGUGCGGGGGUUGGGCUGUGCAUAUAAAAGCAAGAAUUGAAAUGGUUACACAGAUGCUGUAUUGUGUAUAUGUGCAUAACAGAAAAAAAGAGAGAUCAUCCAAGUUUAUGGACAUUUCAUAACAAUUUUGUACAAAUUUUGAGCUUCCUUAAUUUAUUUGAAAGUCUGCGACACUGCUAUGUGAAUUGGUUGUGCCUUAGUUAGCCAAGCUUUUAGCAUGACACAAGGCAGUGCACUUACUGAACUUGAUAAACUGUGCUUUUUUUCUAGCCCUCCCCCUAAAUUUUCACUAAGAUUGUAAAUAAUUCUGUUUGUCACACCAGCCUUAGUCUUGUGUUAAGUGUCUCUUCACACCCUUUUCUCUAUCCUGUAUAAAAAAAACACAACAUGUUUUUAAAGAAAUUAAGAAAAAAAAGAACAACUUGUUGGUAUGUAGUGCAAAAUGUACCCAACAGUUUUUUUAGCCAAAGUGAAGAUGCUGUGUCCAUUAUAUUAUUUUCCCUCUCCCCUCAAUUCCUGUCUGCCAAAUUUUGCACAGAAUAGGUUAUGCAGUAGAUUCCUGGCUGGUGUUCCAAACAGAGUGUAGUUUGGUAGGUUUAUGUAGAUAGAACUCAAUGAGGAGGAGGCUUGUCUGCAUGUUAACUGGUGUCAAAAUUUGCAAACCAUAACCAUUAUUUAAAAGAAAACCCUCACAGUAAAAUGUAGUAUUGAAUUGUGGCUUGUGGCUGCCUCAUGGCUAUUUCUUUAUGCUGAUAAAACCACCCUCUUGUGAUAGUGGUAUAGUGUAAGUCAAAGGGAAGACAGGUUUGUCUGUCAUUUGGGCUAUACCAUUUUGGUGGGCAUGGGUGGAUUAGACUCUUAAAAUGCUGCGUGGUGAACUGCCUAAAGCUGUGUGUUUUCAAUCUGCACUUUCCAUAAAUAUUAAUAUAUAUAUAGCUCAACAGGUAUUUUAGUAACUCCAGAAAAUGCGGUGAGCUUGCCAGGAAAACACAGAAGAAGAAAAGGAAAUUUAUAUUUUAUGACCACAGUUUUCAUACCGGUAAAACACUUUGUCUAUUCCAGAUGAACAGGUAUAUUUUCUAAUGGUUUCCACAGUAAAUACAGUAAAAUGGUUUCAUUUGAUGGGGCUACAUUCUAGCAACUCUGGUGUGGUAGGCAAAAUAGUAGGUCUUUACUUUAGUAAAACAUGUUUCCAGAUAUAAAUGUGAGCUGAUACGUACCCAGUUUUAUGUUUGGAAAGGUAGGUUUUGUGAUUCAGACCAAAACUGCCAGACUUGCUUAAAAUUGAACACGCCAAAAAAUUCUCAGUACAUCUUGUCAUUGCCCAUUGCUAGAUCCACUUAUUUAUGUGUUAAAAAGUUACUGUUCUUAACAAUUAUACUGUCAUGUCAAAGGUGGUUUAAUGAAAAUCCAUCUAUAGACCAUCAUUUUGUGUGUAUACCAGUAAUUUGAUAUAGACCCAGAACUACACUACUAGAAUAGUGGCACAUAGACAGCUCCUUGCAGGUAACCAUGGAACUGCAGUCCAAACUUUACAGUAUUUACUGCCAGUACUUGGUUAAACCUUGUUCCAAAAGUUAUAGAGGCCCUAAUUUUAAUCAUAAUGGCUGCUGAAAUUUUUAAUGAGGAAGCUAACAAAAUUCAGAAAUGAGUAUCCCUAUAACUGGCCAUAUAUGUGCUACUUUUGUCGUCUGUUGGACCUGUACAUAAGUGCCAAUGUCUGCUUCUCUCUGCAGUGCCACCCUCCCUAGUUAGUCUAUUCGAUGCCAGUAUUGUGGAAAUGUUCCUCAUAUUCUCACCUCACACAGCAUGAAGUGGUGAAUGUGUAGGCAUGUGUAUAGGUACUAAGCCUCUCUGUACAAGUAUGCAUAUUUAGUAGAUAUGAUAAUAUUGUGUAAAUUAUUUCAUAAUUCACAGUAAUUUAUGUGUAUAUCUCUCCACUGAACAUGUACAAUUUGGUCCAGCCGCAGAGCCUAAGGUGACACGUUGUCAUGUAAUAUGACCCACAAUUGUGUACAGACAAAAUAAAACCCAAGUUUGGUUUCAUUUUUUA